AUGCCAAAUUUGUUUCUCUAUCCAUUUUUCCAAGCUAGUAUUGAAACUGUACAAGAAGAAGAUAAUAGAGAUGUCAGGGCCAUACCACUCAGUAAUAACACUGUCUACAACAGAUUUGAUGAAAUGGGGCAAGAUUUUGAAAACCAGCUUAUUGAGACAUUAAAAUCACGAAAAUUCUCAUUAUUAGUGGAUGAAACCACAUUUCAGUACACUGAGGCCGUGUUAUUGACUUAUGUGAGAUACACUGAGUAUGAGGCAUCAUUGGAAACAACCAUAAAUGCAAAGGAUAUCCAGAGCACGCUUAAACAUUAUUUGGAUGAAAACAAAAUGCCGAAAGAAAACAUACUGUCUUGCAUGGCAGAUGGUGCACCUGAUAUGAUGGGCAAGAAAACAGGAUGCUUAAAAAUGAUGAAGGAUGAAAAUCCAAACAUGUUGAUUGUCCAUUGUAUCAUACACCAAGAAAAUUCGGUUGUCAAGAAACUGUCCCCUGUUCUUAAUGAGAUUCUAUAA